AUGACUGUCAUGGGAGAGCGCCACCGGCUCUCCAAGGUGGUGGUGGUGUUGGUGUGUGACGCGCUGGGCCUGCCGUUCCGGGACGAGUCGGCGGACGCGGCCGUCUCGGUGGCCGUGAUCCAUCACCUGGCCACCACCGAGCGGCGGGUGCGCGCCCUCCGCGAGCUGGCCAGGGUGCUCCGCAUCGGCGGCAGGCUAAUCGUCACCGUCUGGGCCAUGGAGCAGCGCACCAGAAAGUUCGAGAGCCAGGACGUGCUGGUGCCGUGGAAUCAGCAGCAAACCAGCGCCAGCGAGGAGGUGCCUUCCGUGGUCGAGCCGGAGGCCAUCUCUACCACAUCGGACGACGACCUGCUCAACUACAGCGCCUUCACGCAUACCAGCGACAGCGACUCGUCAAGGUCGACCAGGUUUCACGUGCGGCGGACGGGCCGGCGGCCGCGGAGGAUCCGCUCAAUCGACCCGACCAUGGCCAGCUCGUCGCAAAGCUCGUCGGGCCUCUCGUCGCCCAGCGAGUCGUGCUACAGCUUCGUCCGUCGGGCGCUGCAGAAGCUGGCCCGUCGCGGGGAGGUGGACGGCUCGCGGCCCUGGAUCCUCUCGCCCUGGACCAGCUACUCGGAGAUGAAGCCGACCAAGUCCGGCGACGCGACCGACGGCAGCCAGCUGAUCGAGAUCCGGCUGGAUGAUGACGUCACGGGUCUGGAGGAAGCGCCUCGCCGGCGCAACACUCUGGGCUGCGACGCGCCGGCGGCCGGCGCCGCCCAGCCGCUGGGCACCUUCAAGUCGCGCAGUGUCGGCGACAUGUGGAGCCUGCUCUUCGCGUUCGACGAGGCGACGGCGGUCAGCAUGGAGCGAUCUCACAGCAGCAGCUCGGCGCUGCUGCAGCAGCAGGCGGCCAAGAAGGGCAGCCGCAAGUCCGUCACCUUCUCCACCCAGUCGCUGACGCUGCCGCGCGAGAAGCUCGCGCUCACCGUCAUUGGCGAGAAGUCGAAGAGCGACAGCGUGCUGGACUCGCGCGUGCGCUCAUGUGAGCUCCUGAAGGCGCCACUGACCACCGUGCCGGAGAACGAUGUGCGCGAGGAGACGGUCGAGCCGGCGGCGCCGAAGCCGUCGCUGGUGCGACAGCGACGAUUGGCGGACGAGUCGGGCGUGCCGCGCGUGCUCAGCGAGGAGACGCCCUCGGUCGGUCGGCCGGUGCGCGGUAUACUCAAGCAGGCGUCGCUCAACGAGAAUCUGAUGCGUCGCGAUCGGACGGGUGAGCGCGACCAGAUCCGCGCCAAAAUCCGCAAGCAGCAAAGCCUCAACGAGAACGUCAUUUACGGCAAGAUGGCCGGCAGCCAGGAGGUGCCGAAGCCGGCUCACUUCGCCAACUACAGCCGUCUGCGCGCGCUGCGCGACAACUUGGGCAAGCUGAGCGAGAGCCUGGAGAAGCUGGCCGACAAGGACCAGCCGACGUCCGCGCUCAAGAAUGGUUUGGUUAAGAUCGUGCGCCAGCUGACGGACGGUACAGCGCUGCGCCCGGACGCGUGCGACGAGGAAGGGGUUCAGGGUCCGCCCCCGGAGGCCCAGCAGCCGCCCGCUGUGAUGCUGGCGGCGCCCUGUAACGGACUGGCCGCCGAGAUGGCGCUCAAGAGCGUGGCGGAGAGACUGGAGAACCCGCCAGUGGAGUCGAGCUCCAGGGCGCCGGCCGCCGCGCUGCCCGGUGGAGCCACAUGCACGCGCGCCGACAGAAGAACGCUAUACCGCUACUGCUCUCGCGAACGGAAAACCUCGCGCGAGGAAAGCUCGGACAGCUCCAAGGAGAACAGCUUCCAGAGCGACACCAGCCUCGACUCUGAGGACAGCUGCGUCUCCGUCAUAUACGUGCCGAAACUGGACGCUGCCGAGGUGGAGGCCAAGGAGCGCAGCCGCUCCGCCUCCAGCGAGUCGUCGGACGGCUCCAACGGUAAGGUGUCGCCCAAAUCGCCGCUGACCGGCACCCUGCCCUCCUCGCCCACCCGGCUGCCGGCGGCGCCGAUCCGAAUCAACACCCUCAAGAGCCUUCCCAAGCUGGGCGCGCAGGUCUUGCAGAGCCACCUUCAGGGCCGGUUCCAGUUGAUGGACCCGCCGCUGGGCGUGGUGCCGGCGUCUGAGUCGGAGGCGGGCUUUCGCAACGUGCAGAUCGUGCGCCGGGCCGCGCCCAAGUAUCUCACGUUUGAGGUGUUUAACCCGGAGACGGAUGACCUGGACAGCGAGAGCUCGUGCGCCAGUAGCAGCGCCAGCAGCCCCAGCAGCGCUUGCAGCGUCAUCAGCAUGGCCUCCGACUGGCCCUCGGCGCAAGAGAUCCAGGAGCUGGACCGCGAGAUCGAGCAGCAGCAGCGAGACCGCCUCAGCGAGCGGGAGACAGCGAACGGCGCAGCGCCGGCGGCGGCGGGAGCGCUGGCAGAGUCCGGCCCCGGGCCCGCGUCGGCCUCCCACCUGGCGGCGCCCUCCGAGACGGACGACAGCCUGAGCAGCUCUCCGGAGCCGCCGGCGCGGCUCAGUAGUCCGCGCGGCCGCCGCAAGGUGACGAUGGCGCGGCUGGAUGCGCCGCCGCUCGAGCAGGCGACGGCGGCGGGCGAGGAGGAAGAGGGACCGGGCAGCCGUCAGGCGUCCUCGGAGGAGUCUCUGCCGUCGGACGUGGGCGGCGCGCUCGGCCACCAUCGCUACUACCACGUGUUCCGCGAAGGCGAACUGGACCGGCUGAUCGAGAAGUACGUGGACAACCUGCAUAUUAUCUCGUCGUACUACGAUCACGCCAAUUGGUGCGUGGUGGCGGAGAAGGUGCAGGUGUGGACCAUCUAGCGACAUUGACGGCACCCCGAUCUCGCUCUGUGAUUCCUCGGUCUGCCCGCCCGUGUUGAGGAUGAGAAUGCUCGCAUGUAUCGCUCACUCAGACAUCGUUUCAUGGAUCCCCGGAGGCUGUCAAGGAUUCAUGUCAGUUAUGGUCGGUCUCCAUUCGCCGUUAUGGGCUUGCGCACAGUAGUUAAGAACUCCCUGUUGUGCGUAAAUGGGGUUAGAAUUUCCAAAAGCGUUGCCUUUAGGCUUCGUAGACUAAAGUAUUAUGCAAUGUCUUUGUACUUAGUCUUCUAAUAACUGGCCUUAGGCACAUUCGCACGGUUUUAUCAGCGUCGCGUCUCCCCCGCACAAUACUUGUGGUGGGAGCGGUUUUUUUACAUUUCACGUUAACAGUCUUUUUUGUUGCUCUCAAGCCAGGCUACGAAUUUAGAGUAUUGAUAUAUUUCCGUUUCCGAGCAGAGGUGGAGACAGAGCGCAGACACUGUGAUACUCUGACCAUAGGGGUAGCCCGAAUAGGAUAUGGGGAUUCAGUAGACAAUCCAGUUCAGUACUUCUGACUGGCUGGACAUCGACUUUACAGCAAGAAUACAAGCUGAGGUAUACGUCAACCAGUGGAACAUAUGUUUGCACUGUUCCUAAAUGUUGGUCAGUGCUUGUUCUGCAAUACAUAUUUUGUGUUC